AUGAUUUUGAAUUUUUUUAUUAUUGAAUAUGCAAUUAUUUUGGAAAUUCUCAUCGGUAGAAUUAAAAGUUUUAAUGAGCUUAUUGUAAAAAUUGGAGGUCGCACUUUAAAAGAUCAAGAAUAUAUUUUUUUCAAUACUUGUGUAAGAUUGUCAAGUUCAAAUUUAAUACAAAUAAAUGCUAUUAGACGAGCAAUGACAGCCAUUCACGCAAUAAGCACUUCAACAGCCAAUUUAUUUUCAUUUCCUUUACUAUGGAUUACUCUUUACAAUAGUGGAUGUAUGUUAUAUUCAGCUUAUUACAUGAUAAUGCCAUUUAUUCUUGAAUCAUCUGAACAAACAUUAGCUAUUACAAUUUAUUCAGGAUUUUGUUUUAUGUUUAUAUUUUUUUCAAUAAGUAUAAUAGCUGAAAAAGUUGAAAGCUUCAAGAAUGAGAUGAAAAAUACUGGAGAUUUGGUUCACAAAAUAAUGUCAAGAUCUACAAUGAAUGAUAAACUUCAAAAAGAGCUUCAACAAUUUGCCAGAGAAUUAUUGGCUUACGAUGUUAGUUUUACCAGUUGUAAUGUGUUUUACUUAGAUGGAACUCUUCCAUUCUCAAUUAUCGGUACAAUAGUUACAUAUUUGAUAAUAUUGGGCCAACUGGGUUAA